AUGGCCGGAAAGAAGAAGUCAAACAAUGUCAAGCCAGUCACUUUCGAGGUGACCGAUUCAGUUGAGUUGGUUGCUGCACAAGCACCACCUCCCGCCAAGGGUGCCAAGAAGAACACUGCUGCUGCACCAGUCCAAGCAGUGGCACCAGUUGUUGUUGCACCAGUUGUCGCACCAACCAAGCCAGUAGCCACACCAGUCGUCGAAGACAACAACAACAACAAUAACAACAAUAACAAUGAGGGAAGCAAGAAGAAGAAACAAAUACAACUACCACAGCAGACCAAGGCUGCCCCCGUCAAGAGCCUGCGAGUAAACACCUUCAUCUCUGUGCUCGGACUUGAGGAGGAUGGCCCCGUUGAGGCUGCCCCUGUCAAGAAGGAGGACAAGCAGAAGAAGCAGACGCUGACAAAGCAGCAACAACAACAACAACAACAACAAAAGAAGAAGCAGCUGCAACAGGCUGCCGAGAUUAAGCUGGCCAAGCAGCGCGAGGAGGAGAAGCUGCUCGCCGCCGCCGCCGCCAAGGCCGAGCAAAAGAAGCCCGCUGCCCCAGCCCCAGUCGCCGCCGCCAAGCCAAAGCAGCAGCCAGUCGCUGUCGCUGCUGAGAAGAAGCAACAAAAGGUCAACACCAAGAGCGCCAGCUCCAAUGACCAAAGCUGGGUGGUCACCCUUAUGGAGUCCAUCGUGACACCAGGCAUCCCAUCAUCCGUGUACAAGAUCAUCAUCCUCUGUCUCUUUGGUAUCCUCACCAUCUCAAUGGCAACCCUCGCUGCCUCUGGACUGAGUUACAACUACAUGCUCAUCCUCGGUCUCUUGGUCGUCGGUCUCGCUAUUUCAUUGUUCUAUUACUUCACUGAGUUCACAGGUGGCAAGUCAAGUGGUAACAACAAUGCCAUCAGCAACAAGAGAUCAGCAAAGAAGACCAAGUAA